UCCUGGCAGGGCACUCCGCGGCGCAAAGCCCCGUCCGAGACGCGCAAAAAAGAAAACUUUCUCGCUCAAAACACGGAAUGAGAGAACCGACAAGUCUAAGCGCCGAGGGUCAGACUCGAAAAGUCGAUCACCACUGAUCCACAUCAACAACAAUAACAACAGCAACAACAACAACAACAGUCCACUUCGAGUUAACGGAGAGAAGUCAGAAGUCUAUGCAUUCGUUGCUUCUUCUGAUUUCCAGUGCGCGAAGGCGACGGACGCGCGCUCUGCUCAUCAGGGACUCUAUGCGCGAGCGCGGACGACUGUGCGUGUGAAAGUGAAAAAAAAAGCGGAUUACAAAGUGCACCGAAAAAGCAGCUCGUUCUCCGGCGCUUGGCCAUGGCGUACCCUCAGGGCUACUUGUAUCAACCGUCCGCCUCUUUGGCGCUCUACUCGUGCCCAGCGUACAGCACGAGUGUAAUCUCGGGCCCGCGCACCGAAGAGCUCGGUAGAUCGUCUUCAGGCUCGGCAUUUGCACCCUACGCCGGAUCCACGGCGUUCAGCAGCGCCUCAGCUGCCUACAGCUCGCAUCUGCCAUACGGAGCGGACGCCGCAGCCGCCGCCGCCACUUUCACCUCUUACGUGAGUUCCCCCUAUGAUCACACGUCAGGCAUGGCUGGAUCUAUCGGUUAUCACCCGUACGCAGCACCACUGGGUUCAUACCCGUACGGUGACCCUGCGUACCGUAAGAACGCGACCCGGGACGCCACCGCGACUCUGAAGGCCUGGCUCAACGAGCACCGCAAGAACCCGUAUCCCACCAAGGGCGAAAAGAUCAUGCUGGCCAUCAUUACCAAGAUGACCCUUACCCAGGUGUCCACCUGGUUCGCCAACGCUCGGAGGAGACUGAAGAAGGAGAACAAGAUGACCUGGACGCCGCGCAACAGGAGCGAGGACGAGGAGGAGGACGAGAACAUCGACCUGGAGAAAAAUGACGACGACGAGCCUAACAAGCCUAUUGACAAGGGAGACUCGACAGACACGGAGACAGAUUCCAAAAUCUUGCACGUGGGCGAGGCGCCGUGCGACAGAUUUCAAGAUGACCACCACGGCAAAGACUCGGACCCUUUGCUCAGCGACUCGGACUUGAAGGAGACUGACGAGCGCGCGGACGCACUCGUGAACCCUUCAAAAGCCACCACGUCGUCGCCGUCGCUUGUGCAGCGGGCCCACGAGCUUAACGUGCACGACAGGCCGCCGGAAGUUGCACACGGUGCCUCCGUAGUCAAUCACAGCAACGCUACGUCCGUUAUCCAUUCUCCCCCGUCUGCGCCCAAACCUAAACUGUGGUCUCUGGCGGAAAUAGCCACGUCCUCAGACAGGUGCAGAGGAGGAGGAGGCGGCGACGCAGGGGGCACAGCCCAGAGCGCUCUACCGGCAGCCAGCGCCGCGUCUCCGAGCCGGACCUCGACGCAGUGCGCGCUCCCGAGUGGCGCCGUGCUCUCCCGGCCUCUCUACUACACGUCGCCGUUUUACGCGGGCUACACGAACUACGGCUCUUUUGGCCACCUGCACGGCAGCCACGGCUCCGUCACGAGCUCGGCAGCGACGCACUUCAACGGAAUAAGUCCGAGCGUUUUAAACCGAGCAGAAGCUCUUGCCCGAGAAAGCAAAGCAAGGAGCCAAGCGCAGGUAGACCUGUGUAAAGACUCCCCUUAUGAACUCAAGAAAGGGACUUCAGAGGGUCCAUGCUAUGAAGGGAGGGAUGGAGAGAAGGAGAGAGAGAGAGAGAGAGAGAGAGAGAGAGAGAGGCACUGAAGGAAUGGAAAGGAGGUCUACAAGUUUGCCUGAGUGUUUAUUUACCUUUGCCCUUUUUUUAAAUGAUGCCUUUCAAGCAGACAUCUGUUCCACAUUAAGACACUGAUAUUUAACGUAAUGAUGUGCUCACUUGGUAAGAUGGAAGAGAGAGGAGCCAUGAUUGGCCUCCCACCUGGAGGUCACAACGAAGGGUGCAGUGCUCCUGUCUAAUUUCUUGUGCAUUAUUUUUUCUGUUUGACCAGUUCUUUAUUAUUAUUAUUUUUUUUUAGUUUUCACCUCACUCAAGCUGAUGGAUGCAAAUGUGAGCACUGUAAUUGGAUCAGCUCCCUAGAUACAGAUAAACGGCUGCUGC